AUGAAAACGGAUUAUUGGUUGGCCAAAUAGCUAAGCAGCUGAAUUGAAUGCAAUUAGUUGGUUUGUUGUCUACUUUGGCUACUUAUCUUUUUCCUCAGGAAAAAUGAGUUGUACUUCCUAAUAAAGCUGUCUCUUCUACAGAGAAUGGAAAAUCAAGUGAAGAAAGUAUUGCUUACUGCCAAUGAAGAUGAGAUUUCACUGAAUAUUGCUUAUCAUUUAGCCAAACGAGGAUGCAGGUUGGUUUUGAUGGGCAAAGAGAAUUAUCUAAGAAGUAUCAGCGAGAAGAUAACAGGUUCAGUGAAGGGAGCUUUACCAGUGGAGGUUGUAGGAUUGGAUAUGGAGGAGGAGGAGAGGGAAGGAGCUUUCGAUGAGGCAGUGGAUAAGGCAUGCAGGACUCUGGGGAAUUUUGAUGCUUUUGUACAUUGCUAUGACUAUGAAGGAAAGAUGCAAGGCCAUUUGCAAUUAGCAGAAGAUGAGUUCAAAAAGACGCUGAGGAUAAACUUCAUGGCUCCGUGGUUUCUGUUAAAGGCUGUUGGAAGAAGAAUGCGAGAUAAUAAUUCAGGGGGUUCAAUCAUAUUUAUAACCUCAAUAAUUGGUUCUGAGAGAGGAAUUUAUCCAGGUGCUGCUGCAUAUGGUUCAUGUUCAGCUGCAAUCCAACAAUUAGUUAGACAUUCGGCUUUGGAAAUUGGGAAAUACAAGAUCAGGGUGAAUGCAAUUGCCCGUGGUUUGCACCUAGAAGAUGAAUUUCCAGUGACAGUAGGAAAGGAGAGAGCAGAGAAGUUGGUCAAGGAGGUGGCACCACUCCAAAGAUGGCUUGAUGCUAAAAGAGAUCUAGCAUCUACCAUCAUUUACUUAAUCAGUGACGGCUCACGCUUCAUGACUGGGACAACUAUUUUCGUCGAUGGAGGACAAUCUUUAUCAAGGCCUCGGUUUAAAUCUUUCAUGUAAUAGCUUUUUCUUUUCUUCUUUUAUUUUGAUAUGCUGUCACAAACAGCAAAACAAAAGCUACUCGCACUGAAAGGAGCUGAACUAAGUAGCUGAAAGAGCUGCUGGAAGCAAGGGUUGGAGAGUCCUCGCUGAGCUGGUUAUUGUCAGCAAAUAAGCGGGAAAAAAGUUGUUAAGAGUUAGAAAGAAGUUAGACUUUUUAUAGUUAGCUUUUGAGAAAUAUUAAAGCAGAUUUAAAUUCCAUUUGUUGAAUCUAAAAAGGUAACUGUAACAGUAAAUUAAUUAUGGUUCAUGAAUAAAUGCAGUACAAUUUUCUAGAA